GCCAUCAAGACGAAAUCACAGAAAAACACAGGAAGCCCAAAUGGCUGCUGAGGAUCCUAGCCGAGUAGUGAAUUGAUUGGAGCAAACCUCAAGAAAUUUUUUUAACCUUUUUACGAUGAUAGGAUGAAGGACAAGAUCCAGCAAGAUAAAGAACGAAAGAAUAAAGAACGAAAAAAUAAGGAAAAGAAAGAAGAAAUAUUUGAGGGAUCAACAUGGAUUAAGGGGUAAAAAGAAAAUAUGAUACAAGAGAAUGUAUUAUAACAAAUACACUUGCCAGCUUUUGGAGGCAAUUCCUGUUUCAUGUAAUUUACUUCAUGGCCUUAGCCAAGGGGGGAAGGGUCCUAGGGGUUCUGAAGAACCACCCCACUUGAUAGCAGGAGGGCAUGCUCAAAUGAAAGAAAACUAUGUACUGCUUCGAGAAAACUUGGCUACACUUGCUACAAAAUGAUGUGGGUUAAGUAUGCUAUAUUCAAAAGAUGUUGAUUCAAGCAAUAUGCUAUAAUCCAAAAGAUGUCGACCCAUGCAAAAUUCUACAUUCAAAAUAUUCGAAUCAAAACAAGUGAUCCAAAAUAUUUGGAUCCAAACAGUAUUCUAUCUACCAAAAGACGUGAGAAAGGCAGGUGUGCCAUUUUUAAGAUAAUGUUGACAUGAUUCUCGGAGCUGUCUUUGUGCCCCUCGUUGUCCGAGAAACCGAGAGUAGAUAGAAGGCAAAGACCCUGAAAUAAAGAGAGUCAAGCAAACGAACUGUUUGUUUAACUGCUGCAAAGCACUUGAAGUGUGAAUAAAAUCCUAUCACAGUAAAUCAAACCACCAUAAAAAUCGGUUUUCUGAGGAUAAGUAUCAGGGUAUGUCAAGAAUAAUGUGAUUUUUCAAACAAAGCGAACAUCUUUUUUUUUCUCUAUUCAAAACUUAUUAGAAGCCGUCUACUAUACGUCUAUUAUGAAAAGUGUGUGAAACAGUUGUAUUUUCCUAAGGGUGAUGUUUAUUUUAUUGCUCACAUUAAGUUUGCUUCGAUCCAUCGAUUCGAAAAUCUUCGAUGAAGACAGCCGUUAUGUAGAGUGUGAUAAACACUCUCUGGAAAUUAUGUGCGAUGGACAAUGCACGAGAUUUUACUGUCCAAUCCUUGAGAUAAAAAACAACAAGAACUCGUUUUCGGGUUAUUGUACUUGUGCGUCGAGUCUUCCCGAGGAUUUGGGUGACUCAAGGCGAAAGGAAGAAGGGGGGGAAGUUCUUCCAACAACACAAAGUCUAACGGAAGACUUUAUAACUUCUUCUUCCGAUAUCGGAAUGUCCUGUGCUCAGUCGACGACAAUGGCGAGUAUACUUAGUCAAACUACUACUCCAAAGCUCUGUGGUUCAACUAGCACGUUUCUCCAACAAACAACGACCGUUCUCGCCUCGUCAAAAACGACCCAAUUCUCUCAGGAAACUCCGCUUAUACAUGUCACCUCCAUAACGCCGACCUCUGUGUCGUCUGAUACUUCCAUUGCGGUGACUCAUUCACCGGGAGUAAUGCUCUGCAAAGGUCGAAACAGCAUAAAUGACAACUCUUGGUGCCAGGCGCAGUGUGAAAGCUUUUUUCACUUUUGUUAUUUCUCUCGCUGCCUUUGCAGUCACCCUACGAUGCAAAUUACUUCCACAGAUAAAGACUCUGCAAUAUGCAAGGUCAACGAAAAAGGAAGAGCGGAAGGGAAAGACGAUGUGUAUUGCACAGGGGAGUGUCGUCUUUUCUCCAGAUCUUAAAUAUAGAAAAAUAUUCUAAGCGGAGGAAAUGAAAAGUGUAAAAAUAGUAACAAAAACAAAGUAGAAUAAGUAAUGUUAAUGGGAUAAUACAGGAAGAUAAGUCACUGAAAUUCUAUAAGGUAAUUAUUAAAAAAAGAAUUAGCUGGUCAAGACUUGUAGAAAAAAGUAAAAAUAAAAUGAUUAAUA